AUGCGACCACAUGAGGAGAAAGUUGUUAAAGAAACAGAAGAAGAAGAAGACAUUGAUCUAAGUCUAAGUCUUUCGUUGAAUGGGAAAUUUGGUGUUGAUCCACAAAGAAAUCAGAGAACAAAUACUCAUCCGGAGGUCUUGAUCACUCCGAACCAAUGGAGCUCGCCGAUUUCUGAUGAAAAUGGAGGUGAAUUAAAGAUGAAGCAGGCACCUGAUUCACAGGGUAGUAACUCCUCUUAUUUUCAGUGUCAGACCAUGGAAGGCCAGAGAUAUCCUGCAAACAUCGGGUCUUCAAAUGGUGUCCGAAAUGUGGCAGGAAAUACACCACCGAAAGCCAUACCUGCAGCAAGAGGCAAACUUAAUGGGAUAGUGUUCAAUAAUACAGGCAUGCCAUGUGUGUUUACAACUGUACAUGGCCAAAAGAUAGAAGGGUUUCUCUCCAGGUACAACGAUGAAGAUGACGUAAUUAUCAUCUGUGCCUGUCAUGGUGAUUCAAUGACUCCCUCCGAGUUCAUCAAACAUGCAGGUGGCGGUGAUGUAGCCUAUCCCUUAAGGGACAUCAAAAUGGUUAAGCGAAGCAUCUAUAAUUCUGUUUAGCUCGUAUGAUAUGUUGUUUUUAAAUCUUCCUUUAGACAGAUGUUUUAUCAUGUAUUUGGGCAUCAGUUUAUAAGUUAUAUCGACUCAAGUGUAUGGAAUGUUUUUAAAUUCGGGAUAUUGUUCAGUGUUGUGUUAUGACCAGUGACUAUUACUGCUUGAUAUUAAUUCUGCAGAAAAUAUAUUAAU